UCUCUUCCUCCGCUGCUUCUCUCGCGCACGUGGGGCCCGGCGCACGUUCCGCACGCCGCCACGGAUGGUCUCCGCUCGCGAAGAUGCCGUGCCGUUCCGCCGCGGUGAUCCCGGUCAGCCAGGAUAGCGGGACUCGAGCACUGGUCAUCGCGACCGGAAGACCCCCUGGGAACCGGGAAGAGGGCACCCCCUGAUUCGCCGCUUCCGGCUUCCUACAAGAUAGGAAUUUUCGCUUCCGGGUCCCCGAUGAUUAUUAUUAAAUGUCAUUAAAUAAUGGCAUCGCUGCUCGGUAACAUUUUCUUUAUUACCCUCGAGGAUCUUCCGCGCUUUUUAUAUCAACUUGAGCUUUAAAGGGAUUUCUUUUUCUAUUUUUCUCUUCCUGGCGCUUCUUUUCUUCACGUGUCGUUUAGCAUCGUCAUGGCCGUCAUGACGGUUCGAGAGCGCCUCGAAACGCCCGUUCUCCAGCCGACUGUCCCGCGACCGCACGCGGUCGAGCUCUCGGCGAGCAAUGCCGAGUAACGGCUAAUCGGCCACCUCUCCUCUCCAGAAGACGAGCGUCCGCUCGAGUGACCGACUACGAGCCGGUCGGCGCCAGUUCCGAGCGUUUCCGCGCCCGGUGAGGCGAGCCUCUCCAGGACCGCGACCGAGUCGUUCUCCAAAAUGGAGUCCCGCGGGCCCCGACGGCCCCAGUGCUCUAAAAAUAAUGUCAAAUGUCCGCCAUUCUGAGUGGUUAUCAAUAUUUAUCGAUACGUCACGAGGGACGCGCAACCCAAGCCUGGGGAAUGAAUUUUCCAAGUCGGUUAAGACGUUCUCCAAAAUGGCGGCCAAAAGAAAAUGAAAUGAAAUAUCCUGGAAUUAAAUGGGCGGGCAUAAGAAAUUUCUUACGAUUCAUUGAAAUCCGUUGGGAUUCUUUGCGAUUCGCUGCGAGUGAUGUGCAAUUGAAAUUAUUGGAAAUUCAAUCUUGGGUCAUGAACCCGGCGUUCUCCAAAAUGGACACCUAGAGCGUCGUGGGUAUUUGAGACGUUAGGUGCGAGUUGUUCAGUGGAUCGGUGGUCCUGGAUCCAUAUUUUCUGAUUUACUCGGACUCCGGUCAUCUCGCGGGGAGUUUGCGGUGAUUCCGGUGCGGCUCGCCGGCGGAGAAAUCGAGACGCUCGAGUGCCCCGUGAUUUGGGCCAACGAAGAAGCCGUGCUUUUUCGGAGCGCACUCGGCCGAGACUGCGCUCGAUAAUCGCGGAGUCGCCGAAGACGCGCAGAAACAUUCCGCAUCCAGUGGCCGGUCGCCGAGGAUCGGGGGUCCGCUGUCGCAGUCGCUGGCGAUGAUCCCGCCGACGAUGCACGGCCACGAGUUCAACCAGCCCCUCUCGAGGGUGGUGAUGGUGAGGAAGACGGACCAACGGACCUUCAGCAAGGGCAAGAGAGGUGGAGAACCCCUCCUGGAGACGGUCACGAGGGAGACGGUGGAGCUUUUCAAUGGGGGGCGUCCCGAGAGGAAGUACACCUCCGAGACCAGGGACAUCGUCACCCCCAAGUCCACCAGAUCCAGGACAGACUCCGCCAGGUCUAAGUCGCCCCUGACGACGUCACCAGCAUCCCCUGGACCGUUUUCCAGCUCUCUUCAUGGUAGUUUCCAUGGGAGCCUUGGAAGCGAUGGCAUGUCCUGCAGCAGCGCCAGGUCCUCUUCGGCGUCGCCGGAUUCCGGUCGCUUUUCGUCCUCACAGAUAGGAAAGACUGACACGCGUAAACCGUCUGUGCGCAGAUCGGGACCACCGAAGGAAUUCGUCAGGGUCUGCCUGGAAACCCACAACCUGUACCGUGCUCGCCAUGGAGUGCCACCCCUGCGACUCAGCAAGCAGCUCUGUAAGACUAGUCAGGAGUGGGCCAGCAUCCUGGCCACCAAGGGUAGAUUAGAGCACAGGGCGAACACCGACUACGGGGAGAACCUCUACUGCAUGUGGAGCUCGAACCCAAAGACGAUAGUCAGCGGUGAAGAGCCCGUCAACGAGUGGUAUGCCGAGGAGUCUCAGCAUCAGUAUGGAAAGGAGCCGACGACUCUCAAAACUGGACAUUUCACCCAGCUGGUCUGGAGGGACAGUAGCGAGCUGGGAGUGGGCAUGGCCAAGAACAGGAAUGGCGAGGUGUACGUGGUUUGCAACUACAGUCCUGCCGGGAACUUCCUGGGGAGCUUCUCCGAGAACGUGUUACCGCCUUCGGGGGUGUGUGCCAAGGAGGAGGUCAAGAGCUCCAAGGCGCCCUGUAUAGACGAGCUGACGUGGCAGCAGGAGGCCCUGACCGUCCACAACGAGUACCGCAGGAGACACGCGGUACCGGACCUGAGACUGAACCUGGAACUCUGUGCAGCGGCGAAGGCGUGGGCUUGCACCCUGCUGCACACGAACAAGCUGGUCCCACAGUCCUCGUCGCCCUACGGGGAGAACAUCUACUCGAUGCAGUGCUCAGACCCGAAGAUGGUGGUCUCCGCCAGGGAGGUGGUCUCCAAAUGGUACGCGGAAAGAAAGGAGCACAAGUUCGGAACGGAACCUAAGGUCUUGAACACGUGUCACUUCACCCAGAUCGUCUGGAAGGGGACCAGCGAGAUGGGCAUCGCGAUGGCCAAGAAAGACGGGACCUGCGUGGUCGUCGCAUGCUAUCACCCCAGGGGCAACAUAGUCGGCCAGUUCGCCGAGAACGUGAAGAAGCCCCUGAAGAGCCUCUGAUGAGGCCCCAGGUCGCCCUGGGACUGUCCAUAUUGUACCUACACGCUGUAUUUACCGAUACACCGCCCGGGAGAGUGUAUACGAGCCGCGCACGAGCUUGAUUGUAGAAUAAACAUUCCACGUACCUAGGAUUAGGAGUACGGGGCUCAUGCAAUCUCUUCAGGGCCUUCUUCUACCCGGAAUGACCAGAGACCCUACGGGCGCUCUCGAUCUAUCAUUUAUAAUAAUUUAUUUAUUUAUAAUAAACUUACUUAGCGCGGACGCGCGUAACGUGGUAACGUGA